AUGAACACCGGAACUAAUUCAGCCGGAAUCGGAAACACAUCUCCAAAUCAGAACACGGCGAGUCAAGGUCCGAAUCUGCGAGGAGAUGAAGUCAAUGAUCCAAUCUACCUUCACGUGACUGAGAAUCCUAACCUGAUUCUCGUUUCUCCUCCUCUGACGGAGCUCAACUAUGCUUCAUGGAGCAGAUCUAUGAAGAUAGCCUUGCAAGUGAAGAACAAGUUUGGUCUAGUUGAUGGCUCAGUACCUUGUCCAGAACAGUCAGACUCCAGAUUUGCUACCUGGACCAGAUGCAACAAAAUUGUGUGUCCGUGGAUCCUUAGAUCCGUUAACUCCACCAUCGCUGAGACAGUCCUCUAUUAUGAGAAGGCAGAAGAUAUUUGGAUCAAGCUCAGAGAUAGAUACUCACAAACUGAUCCACAUAGGAUAGCUGAACUGCAGAAUGAAAUAUACAAGAAUACUCAAGGUAACAACUCUAUAAAUGAAUAUUUUAUAAAGUGCAAUGCUCUAUGGGAGCAGAUGAAGGCAAUGAGGCCUCUGCCAGUGUGUGAAUGUAACCCUAGAUGUUCAUGCAAGCUGCUAAGCAAGAUACAAAAGGAGAAAGAGGAUGAUCAGGUUAUCAGGUUCUUAGAGGGAUUGAAUGAUGAGUUUGAAUCUAUAAAAUCAGGAGUCCUAAUCAUGGAUCCAAUCCCAACCAUGGAGAAAGUCCUUAAUAUGGCUCUGAAAGUGGAAAGGAAAAUAAAUGGAUCUCUCAAUCAAAGGAACACUGAAGUGGUUCAAUCCAAUGCAGUCCAGAACACUCAAGGACAGUCCACAGAAGACAGUGGAACUGUGGCCUUCUCUGCUUCAAAUAACAAGAAGAAAUUUGGCAACAAUGGUGGAAAGAAUGUGGCCAAGUGCACAUACUGCAACAUGAGUGGCCAUACUGUUGAGAAAUGCUUUAAGAAGCAUGGUUAUCCUCCUGGUUGGAUACCAGGAUACAAGUCUAGAAACAGGCAAAGCCAAGAUGCUCAGAACAAUGCUGUCAAUCAGAUUGGGGACAUAGGGCUAUCUGCUGAGCAAUUCCAGAGACUUGUGAGUCUAUUACAUGGUCAGAACCAAGAGAAACCAGCCUCCUCAAAUGCAGCCAUAACAAUGAACAACUAUGAAAAGAAAUCAGGAUCUAAUGAAGGCAUGUUCAUUUCUGAUCCCCACAUUAAUAAUGUCAUAUCUUCUUCUGCUAUAUGGAUUCUAGAUUCAGGUGCUACUGAUCACAUUACUUGCUCAUUAGACUAUUUUGAAAGGUAUCACAGAGUUUGUGGAGUUUCUGUGAAAUUGCCCAAUGGAGGAAUAGUAAGUGUGACACAUAUAGGUGAUAUCAGACUGCAGUUAAACCUAGUGUUAAACAAUGUGUUGUUUAUUCCUUCAUUCACAUUCAAUAUUAUCUCUGCUAGCAAGUUAACCAAACAAGGGGCCUGUAAAAUCAUAAUGAAUACUGAUUCCUGUAACAUUCAGGGUCCUUUUGGGAUGAUGGAUGGUUUUGCUGAACAAAGGAAUGGCUUAUAUGUGAUCACUGAUCCACCAAAGAGAAAGAACUAUCAGAUUGAUGAGAUGAUGAAAUGUAAUGGUGUAUUUUGCAUUUAUGGCAUUAUAGGUUAG